AUGGGAAAUAAAGACAAUAAAGAAGACCUUUUACAACUAAAAAUUGACAACAUGUGUGCGGUGGAGUACAAAAUGCCACCGAGUUUAAAUCUCGACAAUAUAGAAAAUUCGUGGCCUCAAUGGCAAAAAUUCAAGUUAUCAUUCAAGAAUUUUGUGUUAGCGGCCGGUUUCGACAAGUUGUCGGAGGCCAGGAAAGCAGCUAUAUUAAUAAAUUGCAUAGGGCCGGAAGCACAAGAGCUGUACUUCAACGUAUUGAAGAAAGAAGACAAAGAUAAGCUGGACGAGGUCAUUCAAAUAUUUGAUGACUACUUCAAACCUAAACAAAACGAAGUCAUUAACAGAUAUAAUUUCAACAAACGAAAUCAAGAAGAGGGCGAAUCUUUCGACGCAUACUACACGGCAAUUAGAAAAUUAGCGGAAAACUGUAACUUUGACGACAAGAAGGACAGGAUGAUUAGAGACAAGAUUGCUAUCGGAGUGCGGGACCAGAGGGUGCAACAGAAGCUGUUGGAAGUCAAGGACCUCACACUGGACAAGGCGGUUGAUAUCUGUCGGUCUACCGAGCUGUCCAAGGAGUUUGUCAAGACACUCAACAACCCGGAGGUGCAUGCGGUCCAGUCUGGCAGGCCAGUGUUCCGCGGGCAACAGCUCAGUAAAGCUAAGUAUUUUAAUAAUAACAACAGCAAAAGUUGGUCUCAAUCUGCAAAUGUCAAACAUAAUAACACCACUAAUUAUAACAGCUCAUUUUAUAAGUGUAGAAAAUGUAAUACUGAACAUGGGCCACGGCAGUGCCCAGCCUUCGGCAAAAUUUGCUCUAAGUGUAACAAACCAAAUCACUUUAGUGUGGGUUGUACCUUUUCUAAACAAAGGGUUCAUUAUGUAACUCAGGAUGAAGGCGAUGUUGCCUGCAAUGAUGUUCAGAAUUUGUGACUAGUAUAUAAAGUAUACACGAUCAAUCUUGAGGAUAAUAUUGAGUGGUCAGAAUCAUUUAGGGUAGAAAAUAAGAGAGUUUCCUUUAAAUGUGACACUGGUGCUCAAAUUAAUGUGAUGAGCCUUAACACUCUCAAGAAAAUUGUCAAUGAUGAUGCUAAUAUUAAAAUGUCUGAGACAAGAACUUUACUUGAAGUCUAUGGAGGUAGCAAGAUAGUUCCAGUAGGCCAAGUUACACUGAAAUUAUACUCUAAAAAUGAAGAAAAAGUUUUUGAAACUAAAUUUAUAAUUAUUAACAAAAACGUACGCCCCAUUUUGGGUUUACCCUCCAUGGUACAACUUGAAUUAAUAAAUAUUGAGGAGAUUAAUAGUAAAAAAAUUAAUGAUGUAAGUGUCAGGGCCAAAACUAAUAUUAAUAAUAAAGAGCAUGUAAUUAAUAAACAUAUCGAACUGUUCCAGGGUGUUGGAGAGUUUAAGAAAGAGCUGCAGCUACGCAUUCGACCGGGAGUGGAGCCCGUGGUGCGACCCCCGCGUAGAGUGCCCAACGCGCUCCUCACACGUCUUGCAGAGAAGCUGGAGGCGCUGGUGAGGCACAAAGUCAUUGCUAAGGUGGAGCACCCUAAAAAUUUUGUUAGUAACUUAGUUGUUAUUGAAAAAAAGAACGGCUCACUCAGAAUAUGCCUAGACCCAAAAGAUUUAAAUCAAGUACUAAUAAGAGAACACCAUUUAAUACCGACAUUGGAUGAAAUUGUUCCUAAAUUAAGUAAUAAAAAAAUAUUUUCUGUAUUAGACUUAUCAGACGGCUUUUACAAUAUUAAAUUAUCAGACAGCUCGAGCGAUUUAUGCACGUUUAACAGCCCAUUUGGUUGUUACAAGUUUCUAAGGUGCCCUUUUGGCAUUUCAGUAGCCCCGGAGGUUUUCCAAAGAUACAGCGAGUCUGCCUUUGGUGACAUUCCUGGUGUUAUUGUUUAUUGCGAUGACCUCUUAAUAUGUGCGGACACAGAGCAGGAACAUGAUGCAAUAUUAGACAAGGUAUUUAGUAGAGCUACAGAGCAUAAUGUUCGCUUUAACAAAGAGAAAUUUCAGUAUAAAUUGAAUCAAGUCAAAUAUUUUGGCCAUAUUUUCUCAGACAAAGGCAUGCAUAUUGAUCCGGAUAGAGUCACUGCCAUCAUUAAUAUGGAAAGUCCUAAUAAUAAAAAAGAAUUACAAAUCUUUCUCGGCAUGGUUAAUUACUUAAGAAAAUUCAUACCGCACUUGGCUGAUAUUGCAUCCCCGCUGCAGUUAUUAUUAAAAAAAGAUGUGGAAUGGCUGUGGACGGAGGUUCAUGAAAAUGUAUAUGUUAAUAUUAAAAAUAAAAUUAGUGAAGCUCCAGUCUUACAAAAUUUCGAUGAUAAUCUCUCAAUUACCAUCCAAUGUGAUGCGUCAAAAGAUGGCCUUGGAUGUUGCCUAUUGCAGCAAGGCAAACCUGUCUGCUUUGCUUCAAGAAGCCUAACACCUGCCGAACGGAAUUUUUCACAAAUAGAAAAGGAAUUACUGAGUGUAGUAUGGAGCACACAUAAGUUUCAUUAUUUUAUCUACGGUCGUAAAGUCACAGUCUUAAAUGAUCACAAACCGCUGAAGAGUCUAUUGAAAAAACAUAUUCAUGAAGUUCCUUCACCUCGACUGCAAAGAUUAAAACUUAAACUCUUAAAAUAUGACUUGGAUUUCAAAUAUUUACAAGGAAAAUUAAUGUUUAUAGCUGAUCUUUUGUCACGCUCGUAUUUGACUUCCAAUGAUAACACAGAUGAAUCUUACAUGUAUGAGGUUAUUCACAGUGUUGGUUUAGCCCACAAUUUAGAAUGCACUGAAGAACAAAAAACAUUGUUAAUUAAUGAAAGCUCUGUUGAUAGUGAAUUAAGCAUAUUAAGAAACUUUAUAAAAAAUGGUUGGCCUACUAAUAAUAAAAAUAUUCCUAAUGGUUUGCACGACUAUCAUAAAUUAAGAGGUGAACUUUCAGUAGAUAACAAUUUAGUAUUCUUUAAUGACAGAUUAAUUGUUCCAAAAAAUUUAAGAUUAUCAUUUAUUAAAACAUUACAUGAAGGCCACAUUGGUAUGACAAAAAUGAAACAACUUGCUAGGAAAUUGUAUUACUGGCCACAUAUUGAUUCACAUAUUGAAGAGUUUGUUAAACGAUGUUUCCCUUGUCAGACACAUCAGAAUAAUAAUAUAAAGGAGCCUUUACUCCCACAUGAAAUACCUAAAUUGCCUUUUGCAAAGAUAGCCACAGACAUUAUGGAUU